UCUCUCAGGAGGACGGACGGGGUCAGGUCCCAUCAUGGCGGCUGAAGAGGCGGAUGUGGAUAUCGAAGGGGACGUGGUAGCGACGGCGGGGGCACAGCCCGGAAGUGGUGAAAAUACAGCAUCAGUUUUACAAAAAGAUCACUAUCUUGAUUCAUCUUGGAGAACAGAAAAUGGCCUUAUUCCUUGGACCUUGGAUAACACCAUCAGUGAAGAGAACAGAGCUGUUAUUGAGAAAAUGUUGUUGGAAGAAGAAUAUUAUUUAUCUAAAAAAUCACUACCGGAAAAAGUCUGGCUUGAUCAAAAGGAAGAUGAUAAAAAAUACAUGAAGAGUCUGCAGAAAACAGCAAAAAUCAUGGUACACUCUCCUACAAAACCAGCCAGUUACUCAGUAAAGUGGACGAUAGAAGAAAAAGAGCUGUUUGAACAAGGGCUGGCUAAAUUUGGCCGAAGAUGGACCAAAAUUUCAAAGCUAGUUGGAAGCCGCACUGUUUUACAAGUAAAGAGUUAUGCAAGACAGUAUUUUAAAAAUAAGGUCAAAUGCGGUCUGGAUAAAGAAACACCAAAUCAGAAGACCGGCCAUAAUCUUCAAGUUAAAAAUGAAGAUAAAGGAACAAAGGCAUGGACACCAUCAUGUUUAAGGGGACGUGCUGAUCCCAACUUGAAUGCUGUAAAAAUUGAAAAAUUAUCUGAUGAUGAAGAAGUAGACAUCACAGAUGAGGUGGACGAGUUGUCUUCUCAAACACCCCAGAAGAAUUCUAGCAGUGAUCUCUUGUUAGACUUUCCUAAUAGUAAAAUGCAUGAAGCCAAUCAAGGAGAAUUCAUUGCUUCUGACAGCCGGGAAGCUCUCUUUUCUAAGUCUUCCAGGGACUGUCUUCAAAAUGAAAAGCAAGAUGAAACACUUUCAAGCUCAGAAAUUACACUGUGGACUGAGAAACAGAGCAACGGUGACAAAAAAUCAAUUGAAUUAGAUGACCAGAAAUUUAAUGAAUUGAUUAAAAACUGCAAUAAGCAUGAUGGAAGGGGAAUAAUAGUUGAUGCCAGGCAGUUGCCUUCUCCAGAGCCUUGUGAAAUUCAGAAAAAUUUGAAUGAUAAUGAAGUGCUUUUUCAUUCUUCUUGCCAAAUGGUAGAAGAAAGCCAUGAGGAAGAAGAGCUUAAGCCACCAGAACAGGAAAUAGAAAUAGAUAGAAAUAUCAUUCAAGAAGAAGAAAAACAAGCAAUUCCUGAGUUUUUUGAGGGGCGCCAAGCUAAAACACCAGAACGCUAUUUGAAAAUUAGAAAUUAUAUUUUGGAUCAAUGGGAGAUAUGCAAACCGAAAUACUUAAAUAAGACCUCAGUACGUCCUGGCCUGAAGAACUGUGGGGAUGUUAAUUGUAUUGGACGGAUUCAUACAUACCUCGAAUUGAUAGGAGCAAUCAAUUUUGGAUGUGAACAGGCUGUGUAUAAUAGGCCACAAACAGUUGACAAAGUACGAAUCAGAGACAGAAAAGAUGCAGUAGAAGCAUACCAACUUGCCCAGCGUCUGCAGUCUAUGCGUACAAGGAGACGUAGGGUCCGAGACCCAUGGGGAAACUGGUGUGAUGCAAAGGACUUAGAAGGACAAACGUUUGAGCAUCUCUCUGCUGAGGAGUUGGCAAAAAGAAGAGAAGAGGAAAAAGGCAGACCUGUUAAAUCUGUAAAAGUGCCAAGACCAACAAAAAGCUCGUUUGAUCCCUUCCAACUGAUACCUUGUAAUUUUUUUAGUGAAGAAAAGCAGGAGCCAUUUCAGGUGAAAGUGGCUUCAGAAGCACUUUUAAUAAUGGAUUUGCAUGCUCAUGUUUCUAUGGCAGAAGUGAUUGGUCUGUUAGGAGGAAGAUACUCAGAAGUUGAUAAAGUAGUUGAAGUCUGUGCAGCAGAACCAUGUAACAGUCUGAGUACAGGACUACAGUGUGAGAUGGAUCCUGUGUCACAAACACAGGCCUCAGAAACCUUGGCUGUUAGAGGCUUCAGUGUUAUUGGAUGGUAUCAUUCUCAUCCUGCUUUUGAUCCUAAUCCUUCCUUACGAGAUAUUGACACACAAGCUAAAUACCAGAGUUACUUCUCCAGAGGAGGUGCAAAGUUCAUUGGAAUGAUUGUUAGUCCCUAUAAUCGAAAUAAUCCCUUACCAUAUUCUCAGAUUACCUGCCUGGUUAUAAGUGAGGAAAUUAGCCCAGAUGGCUCUUAUCGCUUACCUUACAAAUUUGAAGUACAGCAGAUGUUAGAAGAACCUCAGUGGGGAUUAGUAUUUGAAAAGACAAGAUGGAUAAUAGAAAAAUACAGGCUCUCCCAUAGCAGCGUCCCCAUGGAUAAAAUCUUUCGCCGGGAUUCUGACCUGACUUGUUUGCAGAAACUUUUGGAGUGUAUGAGGAAGACUCUGAGCAAAGUGACCAAUUGCUUUAUGGCUGAAGAAUUCUUGACUGAAAUAGAAAAUUUGUUCCUUUCCAAUUAUAAAAGCAACCAAGAGAAUGGAGUAACCGAAGAGAACUGUACAAAGGAAUUGUUAAUGUGAUAAUUUUAAAGUUAAGACAUUUUAAUCUUGACACAGUAGAUCUUAGUUUCAAAGUUAUAAACUUGAAGUGAUUGCAGGUAACAUUGGCACAGCUUUGGUAUUUUUUCUCUAUUUCACAAAAUCCAAACUUUGCCACAUAAAUCAUGUGAAAAGGAAGAGAUACAAAUUUGUUUUCAUAUAGCGAUUAUCAGAGUGUUCUGCAAACCAGGGUCCACCACAGUGUUCUAGUCCUUUACUGAGCAAUGCUGUAGGCUGUGAAACUUAGGAGCCUGGUCGGCUUUCCUGUUGUGUUCAGCUUGGGAUUUGGACUAUGUCUCUAAGUCAUGUCUUCCCUGAACUAGUCAUUUAUGUUCCAUUGUGGUAUCUCAUAUUUCAUUUAAAAGCACUUCCAUUCUUUCCAUAUGUUCUGGUGAAAUUUGUUUAUGGCUAUGAAUGAGAUAUGGUUGGGUGGUCACUGAGAUAAUUAAUAUGGUUUAGAACUACUGAUUAAUAAAUCUAACAGGAGGCCAGGAGAGGCAUGACAAGAAAAUCUUAAAAACAGGAAAAACCCAAAGGAGAGAAUUAAAUUACCAGUUUCUAAUCAUAGAUACUUGCUUCCAUUUCAUUGUAUAGCAACAGUAUCAUAAGAUAUGCCAUUUUCUCAGCUAUCUGAAAAUUUUUAACUGAUUUUACACACAUAAAAUAAUUAGCUUCAAUUGUGUGUCCACUUAUAUUAGUAGGUGUGAUAAAACCUCAUUUAACUGGAACAGAGGUAAUCAUAACUCAAACUUUUUUUCUACUGCCUACUAUUAGGAGAAAGAGGCAAGUGAUAAUAAAGCUGGAAUAAAUCAGAGAUUUAAUUUUUAAAACAAGCCUUUCAGGACAUAUUACAUAUUCAGCCCAAUUUCAUAUGCUUUCUGAAUCUAUAAUGGAGGUCAGUGAACUUUUUUAAUGUAAAGGGCCAGUUUGUAAAUAAUUUUGACUUUUCAGGCCACAUAUGAUCUCUACGAGACAUUAUUCUUUGUGUGUGUGUUUUUUCUUUACAGCCCUUUAAAACGAUAAAAACCAUUGUUAACUCACAGGCCUCAUAAAACAUAGGCUGUUGGCUAUUAUUCUCCAACCCCUGAUCUAGAGAAUUUUAAACAUUAGAAUUCUGUUUUACAUUUGUUAAGCCUUACAUCAUCUUCAAAUGACACCAAAACUCAGAAUUAUGAUCUGCAUUUAAGCCAAUUUUAAAAUAAAAUAAGCAGUCAUGCUGCCUUUUAUUGAAAUUCAAUAGAUUUUAGUUUAUUUCUUAGAGAAUUUAUUUAUACCUAUUCACCAAACAUUCUUACUAAUGUUUCCUUAUAUCUAACUCAGGUUGAUUCUAUAUUUUGCUUUGUUUGUAAUCAAUAGCCAAUGAAGCAUAAGGAGUAUUGGAAGAAGCAGUGAGCCAGCUUUAGGUGACCUGGUUCUUGUCUCAACUUUGUGAUUUGGGGAGAUAUAGUUUGCUUUCCCUGAGCCUUAAUUCUUAACUAAAGUCUAACUUAACUUCUUAAUGUCCUUCCAGAACUAAAAUUUUAUUGUUCAUUCUAAUCGUUGGACUACUCAUAUGAAGUUUAUAUUUUGAGUUAAUACAGUUUCCAAAUUAACAUACAUUUAAAAAAAAAGGGUAGUAUUUUUCCAUUUCUCUGUAUGCACUUAGGAUAAACAAUGAAGUGUAGCUUAUAAAACAAUUAGUUUGAGGGCUGAGAGUGUAAGAGGAACUAUACCAAAAGUCAGGAAACCUGAGCUCUUACCCUAACUCUGUUACUAACUUUGAUGUGUGACCUUAAUCAAAACACAUAACCUGGACCUCAUGCUCCUCACCAGUAAAUCAAGGGCCUGAAUUUUAUGGCUUAGUAUUCCCUUCCAAGCUCCAAAGUUGCGUGAUUCUGUGAAAGGCAGUGGUUGAUUCCUUUGUACUCAUCUUCCUUUUGACCUGUUUCCUCAUGAUAUAUUGGGGAACAAAUACUAUAAUACGGAUGAAUUUGGAUGAUGGAAAGUAAUGGAAAUUGUUAAAAGUUCUGCUCUCAAAUAUGAGUCUCCCUGCCCUGUGUGCCAGUGUUUAACCGUAUUUGCUAAUCUAAGCCAUAUUGUGAGGAUCUCAAGGAUGAUACUUGUCAAGAGUUUGGGGCCUUGAGAGCACAAUUUUCAAAAUAAUACUUAGUAUUUUCUGACUAUAGAGUACAUUUGUCUUAUAAAGUAUAUUUUAAAAUACAGAGAAGUGUGAAGUACAAAUAUCUCAGUGCUACUAUUUAAAAAAACAAUUAUAUAUAGUAUAUAAAUUUAUGUAGUAUAUAAAUCCUUCCCCAUUUUUUUGACAGUAUAAUUUUAGUAUGUUAAAAUUGGUUACUUCUUUCUCUCUUCAUCAUUUUCCCUGCUUCCUUUUUCUUUUGUCAUAUUCUUAAAACAAUUUUGCGACCACAGGUACCCACAUUGCUGGCACUACCAGCCUUUGCUACUACCGAGGAUAAUGGAGCCAGGGCCUUGUAGAAGCACAGAGGAAGUCUAGAACUGAGGGGGCCUAUGAUACAGGAAGUUCAGGAGGCAGGGUCUCAAAGGAACACCUGCCUUUAAUAAUGUUUACGGAAGUGGAGAAAGGACUAAAGGACUUAAAGACAUGCAGGUGUCUUCAUCCUGAUUCUGUCUUUGUUAUUGCACAAUGACUAUAAAAUAAUGAGCUAAUUUUUUUUUUUUCUGGCUUGGCUAAUGGAGAUCGACACUAAUGCUUCCCCAAUAUUAGACUUAAUCUAAUUCCAAGGUAACAUUCAAGAAAAGAAAAACCAGUGGAACAGGAUCAGUAAACUCAGACUCUCCAUCUCCAUUAUUUUAGCCUUGACCAUUCUUCUCUAAUCCUUUUAAAUUAUCUUCAGUUUCCUGUUCGAGUUAUAUUGCUUCAGUUACAAUUUGUUUGACCCUGUAUUCAGAGCUGCAUUACGAUUCUUGUGGGCCCUAGAUAGUUUUGCCAUCUUAGACCCCUUCUUCCAUACAAAAUUAAAAGUGAUAUUUUACAAUUGUAUUUGUGUGAAAUGAAUGUAUUAAUAUUUUAGAUUAAAACAUUUUGUUUAGAAGUUCAGUUUUUUCUUAUGAGGCUAAAAAAAAUUAAAACAUUUUUGUGGGCUUCUAAAAAACUGUGGGCCUUAGGUACUGUGCCUAAUGGAUAAGUUGGCAUUGCCUGUAUUCUGAAGGGCAUCACUGGAAAAAUAGCAGUCAUUAUUCUGUCCCCUUGUCCCACCACCACAGUCCUUGGGGAAGCCUUUGCCACUCCAUCCAAGAGCACUGCAGUUUCCACGGUUAUAGAUCUGUAGACUUGAACUUACUUCCUUCCCAACUUAACCAAAACUCACGAGGAUUACUUGGGACCAUUCAUCCUCAAAAAAGAUAGGAGGCAGUGGUUUGUUUUAGGCUUCAGAUAUUUUUGUUCUGGUCAGUCCCUAAUCUGUAGUUUUGAAACUCAUGCCACACUUGAAAGGGAAACAUCCUACUACCUUUCUUUCCUCUCCAUUUCCCACAAACCCUUUCCUUCAUCGUCACUCCCUCCAUUCUUACUUCUCAGCAUAUAGAUACAAGACCCUUUCUAUUAUUUGUUGAAAGCUAGGCCUGUAGAAUAGAGAUGGACAGACCAUGCAUGUUUCCCUGAAGCUACUGAAUGCUGCUCCCAGUCUUCUGUCCAUACCAUUCCUUCCCUGCCCCUAGGAGUGGGGUUGAAGUCUGUGACAUGCGGACUGUAAGCACAGUCAGAGCCUCUGCAGCUCUCAACCCAACAGAGGAGACUGGCCUCAACAUGCCAACCUGAGCAGGUCUCCUCUGUAUUACCUUCCUCCCAUUUCUCUUGCUGGGUCCUGAUGAGGUGAGCUGGAAGAACCAAUAGUCAGGAUGCCCUGGAAUUGAUGCUGCUCUGUUUUGUGCUCACAAAACAGCCGUGUAACACAUGAGCACCUGAGUUGAAGCCAUCUAGUUGCAAGUCAGCAGACAGCAGUUGAUGGAAUUCUCAGUAGAAAUUCAGUAAGGGUGCCCCAAUUUUUUUUUUCACCUAUAUUCUACCAAUAUAUGGUAUUUAGGAAAACUUCUUUUAUCCAAGCACAAAGAAAAGCACAUUUUUAUAAUCAUCUGCUUCAUCAGGGUAAAUAAAUAAUUUAACAAAGAAAUUUGAUCAGCAUCUCUAGUUUACCAGUACUUUAAUAUUAGUUUUCUUACAAAUUAAUGUAUUUGGCAAUAUUUCCAGAAAAUCACUGUGGGAGAAUAAUGUAAUAUACUUUCGGAUAUAUUUCCUGACCUUUUCUUAAAUGGCUUCAUGUGCUAUUCCCCCAAAUUCUGCUUUCUCUAUUUUCUUUUUUAUUUAACCUAUAAUUAUACUUUCUAGUAUAUUCUGAGUCUAUCUUCUAAGCCACCUUACAUUUUUCCUGGAACAAGGGAGGGAAUAAAUAUGUUGUCUCCACUAAAUCAGGAAAAAAUAAAAAUAUCCCAGGGGAGCUGUGAUUAUGCCAAGAGCUGUAAACAGAAGUUUGAGAAGGUAAAAUUAAGUUGUAAUGUCUGAGUUGUUUUUAUUUUCUUCCUUUGGUGUUUAUGAAGGUAUUCAUAAGAACUUUAAUUUCAGGGAAAAAAAAUGCCUGAUUUGCUAUUUUUGACGUUUCCUCGUCUCUUAAGAAGUCAGUGAAAUAUGUUUUCGUAGUUUAUAUUCCUGUUUCAUAGAUUACUGUAAAACAUGUGUUUAAACCUAUGAAUUAUAAAAUAGUAUUUAGAUUCUAGCGUGAGUUAAAUAGAUCAGUCAUAUAUCUUUAGAUUUGUGGAUUUGACAUGUAAAUUAUGUGUUGUGUAUAAGUUAGUUACUAAAUACACUGCAUGGUUAUUGAUAAACUUGUUGCUAUUUUUUUCCAAAUGCUAUCAGUGUUUGUGGACUUUUAAAAAUUAGUUUGAAUUUUGGAAUGUUCUGUAAUAAAAUAUAAUUUCAACUAUUUUGUACAUUUAAAUAUGCCAUGUUGUAUAUGUCUGUAUUUAAAAAUAUUGUAAAUAUCUGCAUUUUAAGAAUUAUGAUUUUCCUCAAAAAUGACAGAACUCUCCAUACUUAAUUGUGACACAUUAUAAAAUAUCUGAUUUUAAGCUUUUGGAUUUUAUCUUGUUCUAAAAAUUAAGUUUAAACAUGCUGAAAAUUCCAUAAAAAUAAAAUUUUGAAAAUAAAGU